ACUGACUGCCUCAUCCUAUAUAUAGUCGCAUAAUUUUCUAAAUUGUAGAAGCAAUCCCAUCUAACAAUCAGAUUUGCAACUCCAGUCCAUAUAAUCCACAAUAAGCCAACUUUUCUUCUUCUCUCAUCAAGCUUUUUCUCUCCUCACUUUUCGUGUACUUCGAAAAUGGUCGAGGGAGAGUCCAAGGCAUUGUGGAUUAUUGUGGCCACCGUGUUUGCAGUCGCGGCGGUCGCACCAGCGGCACAUGGACAACAAGCGCCGUGUUACUUCGUGUUUGGAGACUCUGUCUUCGACAAUGGUAACAACAAUGCCUUGAACACCAAGGCCAAGGUCAACUAUUUACCUUAUGGUAUAGAUUUCCCUCAAGGUCCGACCGGUCGGUUUAGCAACGGUCAGAAUAUGCCAGACGUCAUCGCUGAACUAGCGGGUUUCAAUGACUCAAUUCCACCGUUCGCCGGAGCAUCACAGGCACAAGCUAACAUCGGACUCAACUAUGCUUCCGGUGCCGGAGGUAUCCGUGAAGACACCAGCGAAAAUAUGGGUGAGAGAAUCAGUUUGAGAAAGCAAAUAAACAACCACCUGUCGGCGAUCAUAAACGCGGCGGUGCCACGGAGUCAGUUAAAGCAAUGUCUAUACACAAUCAACAUCGGAAGCAACGAUUACCUCAACAACUACUUCUUGUCGCCUCCUACUUUAGCUCGUCGUAUAUAUAAUCCUGACCAGUACGCUCGAUCUCUCAUACGCCUCUACCGUUUUUAUUUGGAGCAAUUGUACGUAUUAGGAGCGAGGAAUGUAGCUUUGUUCAGUAUCGGUAAGAUCGGAUGUACACCACGAAUUGUUGCUACCCUCGGUGGCGGCACUGGCUGUGCAGAAGAAGUGAACCAAGCCGCGAAUCUCUUCAACAUUAAACUCAAAGCCCUAGUCACAGAUUUUAACAACAAACCUGGAGCUAAGUUCACUUAUGUUGAUCUCUUCUCUGGAAAUGCUGAAGAUUUCGCCGCUCUAGGGAUUACGGUUGGUGAUAGGAGUUGCUGUACUGUUAAUCCGGGGGAAGAACUUUGUGCUGCGAACGGACCGGUUUGUCCAGACCGAAACAAAUACAUAUUCUGGGAUAACGUGCAUACUACGGAAGUGAUCAAUACUGUGGUGGCUAACGCAGCGUUUAACGGACCUAUAGCUAGUCCGUUCAACAUAUCCCAGCUUGUGAAUUAAUAUUAGGGCUUUAUAUCCAUUGUUAAAAUGGCAUAGUCCUUUAUGUAAGACCUGGUUUCGUCUAGAUGGAAACCAUAUAUCAGACACAUAAUAAUAAUCUCAGCAGAUAGACUGAAUAAUGAAUAAAAAGGAUUGAAGUAG